AUGGCCACACUGAGGGUCCAUCCUGAAGCCCAAGCCAAGGUGGAUGUGUUCCACAAAGACCUGUGUAGCAAGACAGAAAACCUGCUUGGGAGCUAUUUUCCCAAGAAGAUCACAGAGCUGGAUGCAUUCUUAAAGGAGCCAGAUCUCAAUGAAGCCAACCUGAGCAGUCUGAAGGCUCCACUGGACAUCCCCAUACCUGAUCCAGUCAAGGAGAAAGAGAAGGAGGAGCGGAAGAAACAACAGGAGAAGGAAGAGAAGGAUGAGAAGAAGAAGGGGGAAGAUGAAGAAAAAGGUCCUCCCUGUGGCCCAGUCAACUGCAAUGAGAAGAUUGUGGUCCUCCUGCAGCGCCUAAAGCCUGAGAUCAAGGAUGUCACUGAGCAACUCAAUCUGGUCACUACCUGGCUGCAACUACAGAUACCUCGGAUAGAGGAUGGGAAUAACUUUGGGGUGGCUGUCCAGGAGAAGGUGUUUGAGCUGAUGACCGGCCUUCACACCAAGCUGGAGGGCUUCCACACUCAAAUCUCUAAGUACUUUUCAGAGAGGGGUGACGCAGUGGCCAAAGCAGCCAAACAGCCUCACGUGGGUGAUUAUUGGCAGCUGGUGCAUGAGCUGGACAAGGCAGAGUACCAGGACAUCCGGCUGAUGGUCAUGGAGAUCCGUAAUGCUUAUGCUGUGUUAUACGACAUCAUCCUGAAGAACUUCGAGAAGCUCAAGAAGCCCUGUGGAGAAACAAAGGGAAUGAUCUAUUGAGCCCCCUCUCUCAUUCCGUGAUGGGGUACAAUAGAGACCUUCCUGCUCUUCACCGGGAAUUA